AUGGCACAUAACACAGAGCCUCAAACAGAGACUUCCGUGGUCAAGUUCAAGAAUCAAGACUUUAGGUCCUUACGGGAUCGUUGCCUGAGCAAGGGUCAACUGUUUAUAGAUGAUACGUUUCCUGCUGAGGCCUCUUCCAUAGGCCAGAAGCUGCUCAAGGGAAAGAGCCUCUCAAAAUUGGAGUGGAAACGACCCCAGGAUUUAUCAGAGGAUCCCCCUCACUUCAUCCUGGAAGGUGCAAGCAGAUUUGAUAUCCAGCAAGGAGGAGCAGGAGACUGCUGGUUCCUGGCAGCACUGGGUUCCCUGACCCAGAACCCGAAGUGUCUCCAGAAGAUCCUGAUGAAACAAAGUUAUUCACACCAGUAUGCUGGAAUUUUCCAGUUUCGGUUCUGGCAGUGUGGCCAGUGGGUGGAAGUAGUGGUUGAUGACCGCUUGCCUGUCAUAGGCAAGAAAUUCCUCUUUGUGCAUCCUCGAAGAGGCAACCAGGAAUUUUGGCCCUGCCUGAUGGAGAAAGCCUAUGCCAAGCUGCUUGGCUCCUAUUCCAAAAUACACUAUGGCUACCUUCCCGAUGCCCUGGUGGACCUCACAGGAGGAGUGGUUACCAUCGUCAACCUGCACUCCUCCCCUUCUGAUCUCCUGAUGGCAGUGAAGAACGCAGUCAAGGCAGGCUCCAUGGUGGCCUGUGCCACACCAAAGGGGCUGACAGAAGAGUCAGAGGUGAUGGAGAAUGGACUGGUGAGCCAGCAUGCCUACACAGUGACUGGAGCUGAACAGAUUCGGUACCAGAGGGGCUGGGAAGAAAUCAUCCGCCUUUGGAACCCCUGGGGCAACACAGAAUGGAGAGGGCGCUGGAAAGAUGGGUCCCAAGAGUGGGAGGAAAGCCAUGAUCCACGGAAAAGCCAACUGUAUGAGAACAAGGAUGAUGGCGAGUUUUGGAUGUCAUGUCAAGAUUUCCAAGAGAACUUCUCCAGCCUGUUCAUAUGUAACCAGAUCCCGAUCACCCUGGAUCACGGAGUCACACCCAAUGAAAGAUGGCGCCAAAUGAUGUUUAAGAACCAAGUGAUCUCAAGAAACACAGCAGGACACAGGAGGGAUGCUCAGUACCUCUUUGGUGUUCAGGAGCCCACAGAUGGUAGCAAUGUUGUUGUGGCCUUCACAAUCAUGCCACAAAGCCUGAAGACAGAAGACGAAAUAUUUCCAUUACAUUUCCAGGUGUUCAAGGUAGACUCCCAGUUCCAGAAGUUCCAGGAAAGACUGCCGCCUGCAUUUUUCUCCCCAUUUAGAAAUGCUGCCCAGGGUAUGGAAUAUGUAUCCAAGUGUAACUUCACCAAGUCCUUCCACCUGAGCCCCGGGACUUACGUAGUGGUUCCUUUCACAAACCAAAGAGAACUUGAGUUCCUGCUCCGCAUAUUCCUCAAAAUGCCAGACAAGGACAGGAAUCCAGGCAACAGUUUCAACCUCAGAGCCCUCAAGGGAAGUCUUUCUGAAAACGGAUCCCAAAAAAGCAUUUUCUACAGAUAUAUGGAUCAGGGGCUGGACAUUGAUGCCACCCAACUUCAGAACCUUCUCAACCAGGAAUUCAUGGCAGGGCCUCCAGGGGACACUUUCUCCUUGGACCAGUGCCAGAGCAUCGUGGCUCUGAUGGAUCUGAAGGUGAAUGGGCGGCUAGAUCAGAGGGAGUUUGCAAGACUAUGGAGUCGCCUUAUGCACUGCCAGCAUGUUUUCCAGAACAUCCAGAGGAGCCCUGGAGUUCUCCUGAGCUCAGACUUAUGGAAAGUCGUCGAGAGUACAGACUUCCUUUCAGGUGUCUUCAUCAGCAAUGAACUGCUGAGUCUCAUGACACUCAGGUACAGCAAUAGCUCUGGCCGAGUAAGCUUCCCCAGCCUUGUUUGUUUCCUGAUACGGCUGGAAACCAUGGCAAAGGCAUUCCGCAACCUCUCCAAGGAUGGCAAAGGCAUCCACCUGACAGAAAUCGAGUGGCUGAACCUGGUCAUGUACGGCUGAGCUGAGGAGGCCAGCAGAGCCCUCUGGACCAGGACAAGCUCCUGGUGGUCACUCAAGGAACUGGCUUCCUCCCUGGAGUGGUGCUGACCCCUGUCUGUGGCAGGUCUGCAGCUAAACCUGGUAUUUGAAAUGGAGUCAAAGAGUCUGUCGAGAGCCUGGGCCGAGUUCCUAGCUGAGUCGGGCUCUGGUAAACCCAAGGCCCCAAGGGCAUCAAAGCACUUUCCAACAUCAGUAGGCACUUCCGGGAAAACAGAACAGGAAAUGUCUACUGCUGUGAUAGAGGAGGAAGAAGCUGACACUCCAUCCCCUCUCUCUAAAUCCAUCUCUUGGAAAAACCAGAGCCAUCCAGUUUAUGCCCCUCGGUGGUGCUGGUGACCCGGGGAUGGUCUACUCAGUGGCAUUUGUCAAAUAAUCUCACC